CUUGUCAGAGAAAGGCAUAUAUAGGCUAUGAGUGCAAAGAAGAGAACUUGAUGAACAAGAGUCCUCUGUUUCUCAAGAUGAACCCUGUUAAUAAGCAAAUCCCUGUUUUGAUCCAUAAUGGGAAACCGAUAUGCGAAUCCCUCAUCAUUGUUCAAUACAUUGAUGAGGUUUGGAAGGAUCAAUCUUCAUUGUUGCCUUGUGAUCUUUACAAGCGCGCCCAAGCAAAGUUCUGGGCUGACUACAUUGACAAAAAGGUCUUUAGCAAUGGAAGGAAUUUAGUUUUCAGCAAAGGUGAAACCCAAGAAGCAGGAAAAAAGGGGCUCAUAGAGUGCUUCAAAGUGUUGGAAACAGAGCUCGGAGAGAAGACUUAUUUUGGGGGAGAGACCUUUGGUUUUGUGGAUAUUGCACUUAUACCCUUUUACAGUUGGUUUUACGUCUACAAGACAUGUGGCAACCUUAGUAUUAAGGAAGAGUGCCCUAAAAUUAGGGGUGCUAAGGGAUGCAUGGAGAAGGAGAGUGUGUCCAAGUCUUUUCCAGACCAGUACAAGUUCUUUGACUUCUCCAACGAGAUGGCAAAGAAGAAGUUUGGCUUGUUUAUGAAUGGCACAAUAACUAAUGAGAAAUAG